UCUCUCUCUCUACAUCUCUCUCUCUCUCUCUCUCUCUAAUAUAUCUCUUCUCUUUCUCUUUGAAUUGUUAGUAAUUAAAAUGGGGAGAGCACCUUGCUGUGAUAAGAGGAAUGUGAAGAGGGGGCCAUGGUCGCCCGAAGAGGACGCCAUUCUCAGGAGCUACGUGGAGAUGUAUGGGAAUGGUGGGAAUUGGAUCGCUUUGCCCCAAAAAGCUGGCCUCAAACGCUGUGGCAAAAGCUGCCGCUUAAGAUGGCUCAAUUACCUGAGACCCAACAUAAAGCAUGGAGGCUUCACAGAAGAAGAAGAUACAAUCAUUUGCUCUCUCUACAACUCAAUCGGAAGCAGGUGGUCUAUUAUUGCUUCUAAAUUACCCGGAAGAACAGAUAACGAUAUCAAGAAUUAUUGGAACACCAAGCUCAAGAAGAAGUUCGCGGCCGGUCUCAUUACCACCACCUCCACCUCCUCUUCGUCCCGCAUCUACCACAGCCUGCCGACGUCGCCGCCGCUGCCGCCGCCGCUGCCGCUGCCUGAUCACCUCCCAACCAUCAAAGCUGAAUCUUUCGCCAUGCCCUCGGAGGACCUGCUCGCCCAAGUCUAUGCAUUCACUGCUCAUCUGUCGCCGUCGACCGAAGAGGCCUCCGCUUCUUCGUCCUCGAUCACAGUCGACAACAACAACAACAACAACAACAGCAACAACAACAACAACAGCAACAACAACAACAACAACAACAACAACAAUAGCAGUAGCUAUAAUUGGUCUAUCGAUGGAAACGGAGGCGACGACGCCUUCUUCUUCUCCGAGCUCGGCUUCGGCUGUCCCAUGGCUGGUGACCUUAACUGCUUUUCGAGCCUAUCCAGCACGUGGGGUUCGAAUUCGGAGAUGAAGCCGCAGGGCGUGUACCAGAGUCUAACAUCCUUUCUUGUAUCAGAAAUGCAAUAUAAAGAGAUGAAUUAGGUGAUACAGUUGAAAUGAAACAGUAGGCUAGUGUUUCUUGUUGAACCAGAUCCCUUCUUUCUUGCUUUAACUUUGUCUUAUGUAAUAGAGCUUCUUGUAAAUGCAUAGAGAGAAAGAUGGUGUUACAAUAUGCAUGGAUUAUGGAAAAGAGAUUUGGUCUAAUUUGAAGUCAUCGUAUUAA